UACAGAUAAUGGAAUCUGGUGGGCUUUUCAAACUGAGAAUGCAUGACCGACCUUGAACAGAAGACAAAAAGGGAAAAAACGAAGAAAGACUGACGUUGAAGAACCUGGACGAAACCAUCUCGUCAAGACACUCAACAAUCCAACAUGGAAGACUCGCAACCACCAGCCGAGGACAUCGCUCUCGAAACUCCGCCCUCCAACGUCUUCAUCCCGCCCUCCAUCAACGAAAGCGCCCUCCUCGCAGGAGACUCAUACACAUACUUCUCACCCAUCCCCGCCUCCCUCCUCCCAACACCCUCCUCACCGCAAACCCCCGGCCCGCCAUGCGCUUUAGGCGUAGACGAAGCCGGUCGCGGCCCCGUUCUCGGUCCCAUGGUCUACGGAGUCUUCUUCCUCCCGCUCUCACUCUCCGACCCUCUUUUGCGCACCACCCACCACUUUGAUGACAGCAAAGUGCUCACUCCCAGCACCCGCUCGGCCCUGAUGGAAACCCUCUGCACCCCAACCAGCGACCUCUACACCUCCUGCGGCUGGGCGGUGUCAGCUCUCUCAGCACGGGACAUAUCCGCGGGGAUGCUCCGCCCCAACAGCGCGGGCGCAUACAACCUGAACGCGCAGGCCAUGGACGCGACGGUGGCGCUGAUCCAGGGGGUGUAUGCUCGGGGGGUGAACAUUCAGGAAAUAUAUGUCGACACGGUCGGGCAGCCAGCGGUUUACCAGAAGAAGCUUGAGCGGUUCUUCCCUGCGGCCAGGAUCACCGUUGCCAAAAAGGCGGAUAGUCUAUACCCGUGCGUCAGCGCGGCUAGCGUGUGCGCAAAGGUCACGCGCGACGCGGCGCUAGAAACGUUGUGGAAGGAGGCGAAGGGGAGGGGGAGGGGAAGAAUGGCGAGUGCUGAGGGUAGGGAGGGGGGCGAAGAAGGGGAAAAGGAAGAAGAAAUGGCCUGGGGAUCCGGGUAUCCGUCUGAUGCGCGAUGCGUCGCCUGGCUAAAGGGCAACAUGCACCCCAUCUUUGGCUGGGGCCCGGAGUGCAGGUUCAGUUGGGGGACCUCCAAGGACAUGCUGGAGGCAGCCCCAGGCAAGGGCGGCGGCGUCAAAGUAGAGUGGCCGGUCGAGGAAGACAACAACGAUACCCAUCGACUGACCGACUUUUUCGUUGCAAAGGAUCAAGAGAAGGACGUUGACGAACUGGGGACAUGGUUUGGCACUCCAGCCGGGCUGGAAGCUUUCUGACCCCGUCGAAAAUUUGGCCCUGGAACUGUAAUAAUACCUGUUUGACGUUGGCAUGGCGUUCGAGGGGUUGGACAUCAUAGUAACCAUACUCGGUGUGCGAGCUGCCGCCUUAGCAUUCAAUCCAGUAUCGAAACGCAACCUGUAUAAACAUGUUUAAUCCACCCAUGCAAUGCGCCACAAAGUGCUCUC